AUGGACUCUACAGAGGGCAAGAGCGACUCAGCCCUGCAGCCACUGCCAGCAUAUUUCCGUGAGAAUGUGUACGAGUACGCCGGCGUGCCGACACAGAUGAUCAUCGAACUGAACCGAUGGACUAGAGACGAUCAUCUCUCGGAGCUCAUGGACGAGUCGGAUACCGAGCUGCUUGAAUUUGACCCGCUUGACUAUUCCCAACUUACUGUCCCUUAUGGGCUUCUAGCCACAUCACGCAUCGUGCGCGAAGAGGUUGAGGAGAAGAUAUAUUCCUCAAACAUCAUCGCCGCCUCGCUAUGGCUCCCACGGGGACUGCAUCCGCUCGAACGGCUGAGCGACACGUCGCUUAGAGCGCUCAGAAGUCUGGUGGUGUUUCUAUGCCCAUGCCACUGCCUCGAGCCGUUUUGUCGGAAGAACUCGCGUCAAACAGAUGCAGAACGGGAUUACUUCCAAACGCACGAGUACAGACCGUCAGAGGGGCACUCUCGUCAACUCGACUGCAUCUCACGAAGGGACAAGGGAACCAUCGCGCAGUGGAAGAGAAUCUGCGCCCGGCUCGCCUCCAACGUCCCUCCUGGCCAGCUGGAACUCCACCUCAUUGCAGACGUGGCGAACAUACAGACAGCGCAGAUAGUCCUGGAACCGUUGCUGGAUCUUCCUGUCUUAAAAGAGGCGGCCAUCAGCCUUCGUGACGAGCCGAACAAAUCCCUUCAAGCUCUAGCGCACAGGACAUCACUGCGACUCGUCGGCACGGGGGAAGAACCUUUUCAACCCUUUCGCUUCCUGGAUCUGCCGCUCGACCUGCAGCUGGAGAUACUCAAAUUCACGCCCCUAAAUGUUUCUGAUGACGUCUGCUGGGGCCCUUCAGAGAGGUUCUACAGUCGUGACUGGGGAACUUGUAUUGGCCAAGAACCACAUCACAUGAUCCAACCAGAGGUCUUCUGUCGCAUACUAGCAGCAGCGUACAGUGCACACUGCCAAUGCACCGGCUCGCCGGCGCCGGGCUACUUCCUCGUCAGCAAGGCCUUCGGCGCUGUUGCCCGUGCCGUGUUCUACUCACAGAAUAAGUUCGAGGUCGUGCCCUCGGACUCGUAUCCGUUGAGCGGUCCGGAAUCGAAUGCCGAUGCUCAAGGCAGAUGCAAGUUCGUCGUCUCGUCCUUCUUUGGGAGGAUGCCCCCCUCUGCGAUUACAAAUCUUUCACAUGUAAGCCUGGUAUUCCCACCGAUGACGCCGGCGUACCUGCUGCCGGAACAGAAGGCCUGGGGGGCGUGGCUAGACGCCGUCGACCUCCUCGAGCGACACGCGAACCUGCCAGGUCUCAAGCUCGAGAUCCACUUUGCCGACCUGGACGUCAUGCCUGUCGAAGACCUGUUGGCCCGUCGAAUCCGCAGCAAGCCGGAGGACGAGAAGGAAAUGUUCGAUGCGUACGUGCGCAUCCUCGGCCCGUUGAGGAAGUUGGCCGGGCUGAGGGCCUUCUUCGUCUACGCGGCGUGGCCGACGCAUGACGAGGCUGAGCCGGAACGGAAAGCGGAUGAGACGAGGCUGGAGCAGAUGGUCAUGGGCGACGGGUACGAUUCGACGAGAUGGGGGAAGUGCGAAGGCAGCCAUUGGAGCCAGCCAGACAGGUUUUGGUGGACACAGUAUCAUUGA